AUGAAUAAAACACUUUUAUCUGUUUUAAAUAGUUGUUCUAAACAAUCAUUUAUUAAACCAGUAUCAAUUCCAAAGGAAUUGAAAUCAUAUUCAAUUUUAAUAAAUAAAUCAAAUAUUAAUAAUAAUAAAAAUAAAGAUAAAAAUGUAAAUACCAAUAAUUAUCUUUUUGUAAAUAAUAAAAAUAAUAAUAAUAUUGCAAAUUAUGGAAAAAGAGAAAUGAGUAUGAUGUAUACAAAAGAGAAAAAUACAAAUAAUGAAUCGUUUGUAAGUGCUUUACAAAAGUUGGUGGAAUGUGAUUACGAUGCAAUCGAAUCGUACAAGAUAUCGAUUGACCAUAUGUCCGACGAACGAAGUAAAGAGGUGUUGGAAGAGUAUAUGUUGGAUCAUCAACGACACAUCAGAGAUCUUACAGAGUUACUAUGGCAGCAUGGUGAGAGUGUACCGUCUGGUCCAUCGUCGAAACGAUUUCUAUCUCGUGGAAAAGUGGUACUCGACGAGAUGAGAGGUAACGACAGUGCCAUACUCUCAGCAAUGCAUUCCAAUGAAGAUGACACCAACCGAGCAUACGAAAGAAUUUGUAACCGUUCGGAUUUAUGGCAAGCUUCAAGAUCCAUUCUUGAACGUGGCAGAGAAGAAGAAAUCAAACAUCGUAAAGGAAUAGAAGAUUUAAAAUCACUAUUAAAAAAUAAAGCUCAAAUGAAUGCUUAA